UGAUGUCUCCAAGAACCCAAAUGGCCCUGUGGACGGCGCUGGACUGAGGGAUGGCGUCAUCGGAAGUGUUCAUGCCCCCAACCCAGAACAUGAUGGGACCUCAUGAUGUCACCAGGUGUCACUUCCGCCCUGUCCGUGAUUGACAGCCGUUGUUCCUAUAGCGUCAUCACAGGCUGGUGGACCAGGAGGUCAAUCAUCUGGACUUGGGCGAUGGACGGCAGGUGGUUGAUUGACAGAUGUUGGCUCCACGAUUUCCAGCACUGCGCCUUCUGGUCUGGAUUGUGCCACGUGAUGCGUCCUGUGUUGUGCACGUUUCCCAACCUGCAGAUGAGGAAGCUGGGAGGGAGUCGGGACAGACUGAAAGACAGACAGCCGUACGGAGGUCCCUGCGGGCCUCCCGCCUCUCUCCCCACGGCUCAGGGCUGCUCACCCUUGAGCCUGGGCCGGAGCACCUGGAGCAGGCCAUCAUUGUGGGCAAUCCCCUGCCGUCAGUGUGGCCAUGCCUAUGCCGUGUGUGGCCUUACUGUGCCAGGCCCUACUGUGUGCUGCUCUGCUUCAGGCUUCCGGAUCCAAGGCACAGGAGCUUCCAGCACUGACUCGCUGGGGAGCCUCGAUGCUGAACGUGACCUUUGACCCCGGGACCUGGACCCUGACCUGGAGCUGCGGAGGGCACGUCACCGUGAAGUCAUGCACUGCAACUUACACCAAGAGUAACGGGAGACUGGGGCGCCUGAAGAUACUGGACCCUGUGUGCCGCUGCCAAUUCAAACCCCUGACCCUUCACCUUGGGGUCACGCUGGAGGUCAACGCCACUGUUAAUCACAUGCCUGUGCAUGAGAAGCUGAGAUACGUCAACAGAGGUGCAGAGGGGUCGGCAGCACAGAACCUCACAUGCUUCAUCCACGAUGCGCGUGUAAUGACGUGUACCUGGGGGGUGGGGCCCGCGGCACCUAGGGACAUCCAGUACUUCCUGCACAUUCGGAACACCACGGGUCACAUGCUGAUGGCAUGCCCUGCCUACCUGGGUGAUCAUGUGCACACGGGCUGCCGCCUGGAGGAUCUGACUCUGCUGACACAACAUGUGCACAUGACUGUGACUGGAUCCAGCCGGAUGUGUGACAUCAUGUUCUAUGACAUCACGCUGAACACCAAGCUCAUAGAGCGUCUCAGCCCCCCGUGGAACAUCUCCGUGGCCUGUAACUCCUCCCACUGCGUGGUCACAUGGUCCCAGCCACAGACAUGGAGUCACAUGAGUUUCUUGGACUUCCGGUAUGAGGUGGACAUCCAGAGACAGAACGCAGAACCCGGAAGUGCCAACCCUAAGGUGUGCAUCUCCAGUGAGGCGGAAAACAGAUACGAGUUCCCGAGUCCCGAGCCCAGGCUGGGUCACGUGGUCAGCGUGCGUGCUGGUGACGUGCGCAGCGAUCGCUGGAGCGCGUGGAGCCCUGGCUUGGCCUUCGGCUCUGAGGACCGUGGGGUCCCCAUGCUGCACGUGUACCUGACAGUUGUGACUGUGACCCUACUGUGCGCCUUGGGCCUCGGGCUGGCAUGUAAGAGGUUCGUCAGGAUCCAGAAACUUUUCCCCAAGAUCCCGGAAAUCAAGGACAAAAUCACCGAUGAUGACAGAGUCAACCCGGAGACCCUCAGGAAGGACUUAUUGCUGCAGACCGAGGAGGCCAACUAGGCUAUGACGUCAACAGGAAGUUCUGCCCACACUGCAGGAACACGUGGGCAGCUCGACCACACCCGGAAGUAGUUUUGAAUCUAAAGCUGUUUUUCUUUCUUGU